AUGGUCCUCAGGAGAGUUUUGGCCUCUGCCGCCCUUGUGGCUGCCUCAGUAGCAACAGAUGUUGUUUCGUUUUCCAGCUCAGGAUAUGGCCUAUCCGUGAACGUCCCUUCAGACACAGCCUCGUCAGGCAGUGGUUCCAUCUAUCUUCAGAUCAGCGCCCCGAGUGGUACACAAUGGAUCGGUUUCGGUCAAGGGUCACAGAUGUCGGGCGCCAACAUGUUAGUCGUGUACGCGGCGGACUCCUCCAACGUCACGGUGUCACCCAGACUUGGUACUGGUCACGUCGAACCAGAGCACAACAGCGACGCCCAAGUUUCGGUGCUUGAAGGGACCGGUAUCGCGUCAGACGGGUCGCUAGUGGCCAACAUUCGAUGUGACUCAUGCUUGAGCUGGAGUGGUGGCAGCAUGGACCCAACCGAUUCCUCGAGUAAAUGGAUAUACGCCUACAAGUCCGGAGAUGCCCUCGAUGCCACUAGCACCAGUGCGGACAUCUCACAGCACGACAACAAUGGAGAAUUCAAACUGGAUUUGACCACGGGUACUGGCGGUAGCUCAUCGAACCCUUUCGUCGCGUCUUCCGAUGACUCGCCCUCCACUACCGCAGCUGGUACUACCGGCACGUCCACCGCUACCGGUACUGCUGCCACCGCGCCGGGUUCCGACAUCACCGGUUCCGUUUCAAGUUCAAGUGCAACCGCUACCUCAACCUCAGGCGUCUCUAGCCCACUGACCAGCUCCAGCCCAUCCUCUACCGGAGACGAAGUCGAGAGUGACCCCAACAAAGGGACAAGAACAGCACACGCCAUUCUCAUGCCUCUUGUCUUCGUGGUCUUGUUCCCUCUGUCGGCUUUGACCCUCUACCUCCCCUACAACGAAAAGGUCCGACACGUCCACGCUCCACUGCAAGUCGUCAGCAUCAUCCUGAUGCUCGUCGGUCUGGCAAUGGGUGUCAGACUCGCCAACAAAUUAGACGAGAUCGACAAGUACCACCAGGUCAUUGGCUUCAUCGUUGUUGGCUGGAUGGUCAUCAUCCAGCCAGCAUUGGGUUUGGCUCAGCAUCUCAAUUUCCGCAAAAACGGCACUCGCAGCCCCAUGGGCCACGGUCACAGAUGGGUUGGUCGUGCUAUGAUCCUGCUUGGUAUCGUCAAUGGUGGGCUUGGUUUCAUGCAAGCUGGAAAAGUGGGAAGUGAGGAGACCCCAACUUACGCAGUUAUUCUCUACAGCGCCGUCGCCGUUGCUAUCUUCGUCUUAUACUUUGCCGUUGCUACCUUUGCCCCAGCCUUUACCGCGAGGAGAAACGCUGCAAGAGGUGCGGUUACGGAGAAGCCAAUUCGUCCCAAGUCCCAGGGCUAUGAGAUGCACAGCCGUGCCGCUGAUACAAGAGCUUGAGCGAACUUUUUUGCGGCGCGAAGAUUGGUUAGCGACGUGGAGGGAUGGCAACUAGUCGGUUUCCUAUUUACGAAACGGUUCUUUGUGUGUGCUCGUUGCCGAGCAUACAAACACUUCUUGGGCCUGGACUUGGUUGGUGUUCAGAGCUGGCGGAUUGGAUUGGGGGAAAUUUGUUGAAGGUUGGACAUGACUGAACGCCCUAGAAAAUGAACAUUCUCACUUGUUACCGAACACAGUAGUAUGCAUACUGAUAAUCACGUUUCCAAGAACGUCUUCUUGCGGAUAUAAGUCAAUAGUAAUUGUUGCCCCAUAAGUUACAACUUCUGGGGCUCCAAAUGCGG